AUGACAGACAGGUCGUCCUCGCCCACGGAAAGCUUUGAAAGGAAACGCAAGGUCGCCAGACGCGCGUGUCUGGCGUGCCGCGAGAAGAAGAUAAAGUGCGACGGCGAGCAACGGUUGGGCAAGGACCAACAGGGCACCGGCGUGUGCUCGAAUUGCGCGCUCAGCGGGACUCAGUGCGUGUUCGUGGCCAGCAUGCGUGGGGGCAAGCGCAUACCGAACCGCAAACGCCACCUGGACACGCCCGAGCCCGCCAAACGCGGCCGCGACCCGCACCCUGCGCCGGUCCAGCUGGCCACGCCCACGCUGCAGCCGCAACGGGCGCCCGGGUCACGUGACCCGCCCUCCCCUGCCGACCCCGCCCAGCUCCGCUCCUCGGCCGCCGCCGCGGCCGCGCUGCCGCCGCUGUUCGACCUCUACCACCAACAGCCGCCGCCGCCGCCACCGCACCACGCUGGCGCGCCGGGCGGGGACCGCCCCGACCGCCCCGACCGCCACGAGUUCGUGCACCUGCCGAACCCGCACAGCGGCCCGCGCUACGACGUGCGCUCCACGUCGCCCGGCGGCGCGGCCGCCGAGCGCAUGCCCAGCGGGCUGUCCAGUGGGCUGUCCAGUGGGCUGUCCAGCGGGUUCCCCAGCGCCGGUCCGGGGCCCGGCCCAGCCGCUGGCGGCGACCCCAUGGGCCGUAUGCCCAGCGGGCUCGCUCCGUCGUACGCCACUGCUCCUCCUAGGAUGGGCGGCCCCCACGGGGGGCCGCCCCAUGGCCCGCCCCAUGGCCCGUCCGCGGAGUCCGUGCACGAGCUGUCGCACGGGCAGUCCCCCCAGUAUCCAAUGUACGGGCCCGCGUACGGGCCUGGGUACGGGCCCUGGGGCCCACGCCACGGUCCGCGCCGCGGCCACCACCAUGGCCCCCACCACGGGCCCCACCAUGGGCCCCACCACGGCCCCCACCGCGGCCCACGCCACGGUCCGCGCCGCGGCCACCACCAUGGCCCCCACCACGGGCCCCACCAUGGGCCCCACCACGGCCCCCACCGCGGCCCCCACCGCGGUCCGCACUGUGGGCCCCACCACGGCCCGCACCAGAGCCCGCCCCUGUACGCCGCGUACGGGCAGCCGGCGUUCCACGCCGGCAGCCCACCGGCCGAGGCGUUCUACGGGCCGUACGCCGGCUCGGCCUACGGCCCGGGAUACGAGUUCGGCGACUACCGGGCGCACCCCAAGUCGUUCCCGCGCAGACACUACCGCCAGCACCCCCACACCUGGUUCCCGGGCGCAGGAUGGCACGAGCCGCACGACAGCAUGGGGCCCGAGUACUGGCGCGGUGAAACGUUCGGCAGCGAGUCGUUUGGCGACGAGCGCGACGUUACGUCGCUGUCGUCGGCCACGACGUCAACGCGCAACGGCCACGUCAGCGGCAACGGCAACGGCAACGGCAGCGUCGACGUCGGCGGCAUUCCGAACGCCAACGCCAACGCCAACGCGUCCGAGUUUUCGCAGCUCUCGGACACCGCGCCGUCGGAGACCGUCCGACCCCGUGGCGGCAGCGACCUCGGAGACCUGGGUCCGCCCGCUCUGGACCUCGACGACCGCGUCCAGGCUGUAAAGCCCGUGGAGCCCGCAGCCGUUGCGCACGCUGCAUCUCAACCCUCGGCGUUUAACCGGCCGUGCACUCCGGUGUCCAACAUCGCAGACUCGGUGCUAAAACGCGCCAGGCCGUCGCCCGCUGGCUACCGCGUGUGCCAGGACAUCUCCAACAACGAGCUGGUCGCUCACGGGCUGCCGAUCUGGUCCGUCGCGUCCGUUCUGUUCGACCUCUACUUUACGUUCGUGCAGCCGCAAUUCAAGCUUCUCGAGUCCAAGGACAAGGUUGUGGGUUUGUUCACGCCGCGCCGCAACACCGCGCUCGUGCACGCCAUGUUUCUGUGCGCGCGGCCUUACCUGGCCCCCACUGUGACGGGCGCCAUCGACGACCAGUACAAUUACUCUGCCAACUACUACCUCGAAAAAAUUGAAAAGUACAUGGACGAGCUCGAGACCCUCGAGAUGCUGCAAACGCUGCUGCUGCUGAGUUACUACUACACCAAGUUCGAUUUCAACAAGCAACUGGCCGAGGCCAACCUCAGCAAAGCCCUCUCGCUCAUCCACGACAGCGGGAUGGUUUUGCCGUUCCAGGGCGCGUCGUUCCCCCGGUUCAUGAAGAACGCGUCGAAAAACUCGAAAGCCCAAAAGGAAACCACCCUGCGCGCGUACUGGGCAGUGUAUCUUCUGAUCCAGGGCGCGCGCGUGUGCUUCGACGACGACCAGCUUUGCGUAGAUAUUCUGGCAGGGCUCGACAUCUCCACCCACAACGUGAGAAGCGAGCUUCUCCCGGAAAACCUUCCCCUUCUGUUCCCCUACGGCGCGUUUGACACCAAUAACUCCGAUCCCAACGGGAAAGCCAGGACUUUUUAUGCCACCAUCAGCAUCCAGCAAAUUCUCCAGAAUUUCACCUCCAAAUACGCGCAUCCCGGGGCAUAUGUCAUCACAGCUGCCAAGAUUUACGACGACAUGAAGGCAAAUCUAAAUGAGGACAACUUUAUCUUGCAGCAAGUGGAGUUCGAGCGCGUCCUCAACUCCAAAUUGUACUCCCUCGAGGAUAACGGCAACUUCAUGGUGUUGAAUUCCUCUGCGUUGCACGCCAAAAUCAUCGCACUUAUAGCAGACUACGAAUUCCUAGUGUUGGAAUCAAGGGGCAUGCCCCAUCGCUCACUAUUUGAUAUUACAAAAGAUACUCUAUGCUCAUCGCAUUUGGAAAAAAUUAAUUUGGCCAUCACUUUCCAAAUCACCAAAUGGAAUAGGUGCGCCCAUUACAAACAUUUCCGGUUAUUGCUUGUGAUCCUGGAUUUUUGUGCACUUCUGAAUCUGGCCACUGGAACUACCGGUUACCGCUCAAAUAAUAGAAUGGACGCUUCUCUCGUGGCUGUAGGCCCAGACGUCACUACUCCCUGUUUGGAUAUAUGCAGCGAAGACUAUAUUCACAACUCCCACUCCUACGAGGACUGGGUUCGCGAGGUUGGGGAUCGGAAAAAAAAGGCCUUCAUGGCUCUGAGCCACGAUUGUCCUAACGAACAGGUGCUGGAAGAGAGAAGAGCUGAAUUCAAACGUGAACAGACUAGGCUACUGUGGUUUCAAUUCCCAUCUCUUCUUUUCAAAAUGUCUUGUAGUGCCUUGCCACUACUCGGAUACUACACGGUUUUAUUUCGAUCUUUAAGACCUGCAACCAUAAACGGACAAAAAAAAUUGUUUUAUCAAAACUCUCAAGAGCUACAUUGGCCCAACGAUAUCUGGUCGUCUCCAGAGAUACGACAACAGUAUAGUAAAACUAUCGAAUGGGCCGAAAUGGCAUCCGAUGAUGUGACCGAUGAUGAAAUUUGGGAAGUGGCAGUGAGCUGUUGCGAUGAGAGCUUUUUGGCCAAGCGGUUCUACUGUUGCGCUGAUUUUUUGAAACAGAAUGCGCAACUGGUCAAGGACGGUGCCAAGAUUCAAAGAAACGUGGAUUAUUUCUGUAAAUUCAUUGAAAGGGGUUAA